GCUGAUGCAGCGUACCAAACGCGCCCUAAAUAUCGCGCAGAGAAAGAAUCUCUUUCCACUAUCUUGCCAAGCCCGGCGGCCCGCACCGCCGCCCAACAAGACACCGCCGCCUUCCCCACAACCUCGCCGGCGUUCGACCGACUCGCCGCCAUGCCUCCCGCAAAGUGGCUGAUGCACUGGCACCCGAACCCUGGAGCGACGCUCAACAGCCAGAUCCUGGCGGAGGCUUGCGGCUGCGCGGAGUCCCUCGGCGGCACCAAGGACGGCCGCUGGAAGACCUCCAUCUUCUUCUACCGCCCGAUAGCGCGGGAGACGGCCGCGAGCGGGGCGCAGCAGCAGCAGCAGGCCCCCGACGUGCCCCGCGAGCUCUUCGGUGUUGCCCUCCACGAGCGCCCCGGCCUUUACUUCUCCAUCCUCCGGAACCAGCGCAUCGUCCUACAGACCGACGCCGCCUUCCCCCUGGUCAUGGAGAAGCUCCAGUCCUACAAGGCCCGCGUCACCCUCAACUUCGAGGGAUUUCAGUAUCAAUUGGGUGAUUUUUACUUGAGGAUAGCAAAAUGUGUUCCUAACAAUUCUGAAACACUGAGAGGAAUCAUGAUGGAGGUAGAGUAUUGCCCCCUAUCUUCCAUCGAAAAGUCGAGGGCAAUCAUGCUGGACUUCUUUGACAUAUGGCAGGAAACACUUGCAAAGAAGUCACUGCCUGGCCGUUUCAUCCAUGUAGAGUCUAAUUUUUCAGAGUUUGGUCUUUCAGAUCAGUAUUCUUACCAGCACACCGCAGUUCAGUACGCGAUCUGCCUGCAACAGCUUAUGGCAUCUGUGAGGGGCUAAGUUCUGUAGAUGGAAGUUUUAGAAUAUGAUGAUGUUUAAUCUGUUCCCAUGAUCCUGAUAACAUUAGCAUAUGGCAAUGGCUGGACAUGCAUCUUAUGUGAUGGAACGUAAUCAAUUUGUAUGGUUAAAUUAUAUCUUCUACCAGAUUUGUGGUGUUGACUUGUUCUGUAGAUGGAAGUUUUAGAAUAUCAUGAUGGCAGGACAUCCUGAUAACAUUAGCAUAUGGCACCUGUUCCCAAUAUCCUGAUAACACAUUAGCAUAUGGCAGGACAUCAAUCUUAUGUGAUGGAACGUAAUUGAUUUGUAUGGUUAAAUUAUCUCUUCUACCA